AUGGCUGAUGGUGGUCCUGAUUUUACUCCCGUAUCUGUUUUAAAUGCGUUGUACUUUUACCGCUUGUUCAAAACAUUGAAGCUUGAUAUUUUAUCAGUCUUCACAUAUGCUGCUCGAUAUUCCGCUUUUAACUGCAUUGAACAUCUUUGGUCACCUUUGAGCAACAAGUUGGCAGGAGUUCAAUUUAGCCCUAAACUCAAAGAAGAAUCUAAACCACCAGCACACCAAGGAGGUUUAUCCAAGAAUGAGUUAUUCCAGAAAGAGAAGGUCGUCUUUGAUGAAGCUAUUUUGUCUAUUGCAAACGAUCACUGGAAAGGUGCAAAAUUUGAUGGUAGUCCAGUCAUUGCAUACCCUGUAUUGUGUGGUGAAGAUGACCUACUGUAUGAUGACUACGAAGCAACCAAAGAAUUCCUUUCCUGUCCCAUUCGUGAUAUGCAUAAAUAUGACACCAUCAAAAAGGAGUAUGAAGCCAUGCACCAACAGUUGGACAGACACUUGAAUGAAAUUGUCUUCACGAAAUGCGAAGAUCGUACCUGUUGUGGAGAGUGGAGGUCAGAAGAGAUUUUGCAACACUUCGAGAACAGUCAGCUUAAUGUAAAGUUUCCCGCUCCUACACAAUCAAAAGAAUGCAUGGGACACUACAAAACAUUUCUUCAAGAGUGUACCAACAAAACAAGACGGUAUGGGCAUGAAGGGCAACCAACUGCAGUAGAAGAUAACCUUGGAUCUUGUCAAUUUGGAUGUAAGGCAUACAACUUUAAGUUGAAAACUGCCAAAGCAAGACACAUGUCAGUAUUCCAUCGGCGUCAAACUAAAGUUGCCCCUGGCUUGACACCCUACAAAUGUGACGUGGCGGAUUGUGGUAGAGUCUUUCAAAGUUUGUCCUCUCUCAACCGGCACAAAAACAGAGAAGGUCACACAGCAAGGAAAAAUCGAAAGGAAACUGCUGGAAAGAAACGUGCAUCAAAGCAACCUAUUGAAUCCAGCAAACGUCAGAAAACCCUGCAAGAAAUGCAAGAAAUGUUAAGGGGUGCAGAAGCACGAAAUGGCACAGACGAAGAAAAGGCAUGUGCUGCCUUGGAAUGCAUCAUUAGCAGUGACAAUAAUAACAAAAUUGAUUGGAUCCAAUGUGACAGUUGUGACCGUUGGCUACAUACAAUGUGUGUGGAUGUAGAGGAUCCUAGUGAAAUUGAUCACUAUGUUUGUUAUUCAUGCGAGUAA